AUGAGUGACGCGACAGGUCUCGUUGCUGAAAAUGAGGAGGAAUGGGCGGAGAUGGAAGGAGAAGAAGAUAACGAACAACAACGUGCUGUUGACUCCUUGGCUGAAGAGUUUAAUGCAAAUAAUAUGAAUCACGCGGAAGAAACCUCACCAGAAAUUGACCAAGAGGCUCAAAAUAAAUUGCGAAAAGCCAUUUUUGCCAUUCGUAACGACCCCAAUAUAUCCAAUGACGAAAAAGCGUCAAAAAUACAAGAGUUAAUGAGCUCAAAUUGGAGAGAGUCUUCGAAAUCACAGCGAUCACAGCCAUCUUCGUCGUCAGUUACAAUCCUAUUGGCGAAUUCAGAACCGACACCUGAAGAACUAAAGCCAACGUAUUAUGAUGAACCAAAGAAAGUUUACGGAUGCGAGCAUUAUCAACGCGGAGCAAAAUUACAAGCUAAUUGUUGUGGGAGAUGGUUCACUUGUAGACAUUGUCAUGAUAGCGUUUCUGAUCACCAAAUGGUUAGAUUAUGCCGUGUUGGUGCUGGACUGGGUAAAGAUUUCUUUCAUUGUGAUACGUGUAAUUGUUGUUUAGCGCUUCGUUUGGAAAAGACACACAAGUGUAUAGAGAAAAAUCUGGAGCGUGAUUGUCCUAUUUGUGGGGAAUAUUUGUUCACGUCGACGUUGAGAUCCAUUUACAUGCCAUGUGGUCAUACAAUGCACGAAUCAUGUUUCGGAGAAUACUCCAGUAACGCUUAUCAAUGUCCAAUCUGUUGGAAAUCUCUUGGGAACAUGAGAACCUACUUUGAACGAAUAGACGCAAUUUUACAAACGCAAAAAAUGCCUUCGGAAUAUGAACAUUAUAUUUCGAUAAUUUUAUGCAAUGAUUGCGAGAAACGAAGUAAUGCGAAAUAUCAUUUCGUCUAUCACAAAUGUGGACAUUGUGGAGGCUACAACACCAAA